UUUAUAGAGCCUUCCUGCAGAAAGGUUGAGAUAUGUAAUCUCUAUCCACCAGGGAAGCGGAGCAGACCAGUGUCAGACACAAUGACAGGCAGGGAUUGUUCCUCUCCUUGGUUCUCCUGGUGGAGUGCGGCUCUUCUCUUCUGGGGGACUACGACAGUCGGCAGUUUAGUUGACCAGGGGUCUGAAAAUCGACAAUCCACAACACCUGGUAACUACCUCAUCCAGGGGGGAGCCAACAAUACCAACGAAAGCAGUAAUGGAGAGUCCAUCGUAAUACGCGAAUGUGGGGAAAAGACACCAAUAUGUGAAGGUUACUGCAUUAUCUGCAAUGGCUUGGACCAAAUGUGGUGCCUCUCGGAGAUAAUAGAACAUCAGUGCCAUAUACCUUUUCGAAUCCAUAUGGAUCUGCACAACAGCACCAACUGGUGUGUCUGGAGUAACGUGAGGAGUGCGUACAACAACUUCACCACCUGCACCGAGGAAAUCGCAGAGUGUCUCUUGAUCCCGUGGCCCAACCCGAUGGUGGAGGAAAUGUUCCUGCAGAUUCACGGCACCUACUUCCACGACUGCCCCACCGAGGAGCUGAGUGACCCCCCGCCGGCCGUCGUCCUCGCCUUGGUCAUGACCCCCAUCUGCCUGAUCCCCGUCAUGGUGGUGCUGGUGGUGCUCAAGACCAAGAAUGGAGACGGGAGCUCCUGAGGACGGAACACAGAGACAUCUCAAUAUCUCCGGAAAUAAUGAUAUCAACCAGAAAUAAUGAUAUGCCAUCUCCCAUUAUGCUAGCUUCCAUAUGUCCGUGCGUGAAUAACCGACUUCAGAUGUUUUAAACAUGAGAAAAAACCUCUAGUGUUCUGAUGUGAAUCCAUAGAAUGGACCGAAACUCCCAACGCCCUUCACACCAUUGGAGGGCACUCCACCUGGAAAACUAGCAAACGUGGGAAUUUGGGGCUUGACGUUUUUUAUUCCCUAUUUCAGACUUUUUCCAUGCCAUUGGGGCCACGACUGUCGUACUCUGUGUCCUUUACCGAAAACAUGCUAGCUUGAUUUAAAUUAAAUGAUGUGUAGCAGAUGUAAAAGCAUCUACUUGGAAAUGAGCAUAACAUAGAGAUAAUCAGAAAGAGGUUCCUAGAAACAAGAUCAACUCUCUGCAAUCACUGCAAUGCACUGAAUUAGAAUGAACAACUUAGGUGAGAACAUUGUGUUGUCACAGAAUUCUAUGUUAGAUGUAAUGGAAGGAUUUAGAGAGGCAUCACAUGGAGACUGGAACAAAAUCUUCACCUGAUGAAUAUGUUAAUCUUACUGCUAGUAUCAAGAUGACAAAAGCUUUUAGGCUUGCAAAGCUUAAGACAAAGUGUGAGGAUGUUCCCCGAGCUGAUGUACAACAUUGUUGUACUAGGGAUGAUUCUUUAAAGCAGUACUAAGUCAGUUUCCUCCAUGGCUAUGUUAGUUCUGCGAUGAGUUGAUCCAAUCCCUAAACCAUAGAAACAUUAACCACUUUUUAAAAUUGACGGGGGACCCACACGGUAUAGGACACAAAUAGCAAGAACUUAUUUAAAUAUUCAACCUCAAAUGAAUGUAUAUUAUUUUAUCUUAAACAUAUUUAUGAAACCAUUCAUCUUUAUAUGAUUUAAAAUGUAUCAUACUCUUUCUUGACAGGGAUGCAACAGGGCACAUGUUCUGUCAAGUCGGCCGUAGUACAUAGAAGGUGUGAGCCAGUGUUGGUCACUUAACCUUUAGCGUCACAAUGGAUGGAAAAGCCAACUCUAAGACAUGUCUUCCAGGUAUUGUCCUUGCGAUAGAUAGUCCUCCCAUCCUCCCACCACACAAUGAUACCCCUAACUGCCUCCGAUGAGCAAGCCGAAGCGUAUUGUAUACUGUAUCUACACCUUGACCUUCGAUUUCAGACGUGGAGAGACGUAAACACUCUUAAUAAGUAACACUGAGCAAUGACAAAAGAGAUACAUGGUUAUCAUUGGCUUCAGUGAUUAUCUAUUCUACUAUUUAGUGGUAUUAUUCUGGAAGGACAACAAAGACACUUUCAGUGGCUUUCACAUUUGUAAACAAAUAAGAAAUAUGUAUCUAUUUGAAUAUUCUAUCGUCGUCCGGGCAAACUGGAUAUUUAUGUGCUGUUAUGUUCUCAAACAACCGUUUACAUUUGUGUGAGUGACUUAACUGAAUGUCCGAUUUUUAAACAUUUUGUUGUUGUAGGGAUUAUCUUUGUUUGUACUUUCUGGCCGUCUAACUUAACAUAAAUAAAACCUUUUUAUGAAAUGCAUUCUGA